GUUUUAGGUGAUGUUUUUAACGCGGAGUGAGUAUGAUCGUGGAGUAAAUACUUUCUCUCCCGAAGGACGUCUGUUCCAGGUGGAAUAUGCAAUAGAAGCUGUCAAGCUUGGAUCAACCAGUAUCGGCAUUCGCACCAACGAGGGCGUCCUUCUAGCUGCUGAAAAACGAUCAACUUCGAAGCUGAUGGUCAAUGAUGCCAUUGAAAAGAUUAGCAAGGUCGAUGAGCAUGUUGGGGUAACAUUCGCUGGUCUGAUCGCUGAUUCUCGAACCUUAGUCGAGCGUGCUCAGGUGGAGGCACAAAAUUACUGGUUCACUUACAAUCGCAAAAUCCGCAUCGAAGAUGUGACUCAGUCCGUUGCUAAUCUAGCGCUUGAGUUCGGUGACGACGAUGUGAAGGCAUCGAUGUCCAGACCCUUUGGAGUUGCUAUGCUAUUUGCGGGUGUAGAUCAAGAUGGCUCAAAAUUGUUUCACCUGGAUCCGUCGGGUACUUUCAUUGAUUGCAAAGCUAAGUCAAUUGGCGCUGCAAGCGAUGGUGCUGAGCAAAGUCUGAAAGAACAAUAUCAUGACAACAUGUCACUGAAAGAAGCUCUGAAGGUUGCAUUGGCAAUCCUGAAACAGGUUAUGGAAGAAAAGCUAAACAGUGCCAAUGUUGAAGUCGUAGUUAUAAAACCUGUGAAGGAUUCAAAAUGUCGUCAAGUUGGUUCAUUCGAACGCAUCACUAAUGCUGAGCUGGACGUUGUCAUCUCGACUUUGUAACCUGGAUUUUUAUCAGUUGGAUAAUAAUAUGCCGAACAGUGGAGUCUUGAUUAUCGAUAAUUUUAUGGUCUCUCUAUGUAACAAUAAAUUAAUGUUGACAAAA